GCCUUUUGUAAAGGAUCAUAUUCAUUAUAGCUGCCCUAGCUUAAGUGUCAGUUGGUUCAUGUUUGCAAGACCCGGAUARCUACAACGACAAAACAAUAGGAAGACGUAAUUAUGGAGCAUCCAGUUCUCAUGAUAAGUAUUCUAGUCAUCGCCGGUGCAGUGUACCUAGAUUCYCAACGUGCUGAAGCAACAUCUAUACUGACAGAGAAUGAAGAAAAUGAUGCACUUACGAUGAAGGAAAGUGAUUUGGGCAACUCGUUAAAGACGCUAAAACGAACACCACGUUCAAAAUUGGUCUUUGAAAUUGUUAUCAAUCUUGGAAAGAAGAASAAAAGAAAGAAAGGAAGAAAAUCUUUGCGAGGAAAGAGGCGCAAAAGCUCCAAACGACGCAAUAAAAAUCGUAGAAUUCAGCAACGUACCUACAGACGCAAACACAACUCAAAGGUUCAACGCAAACGACUUGGUCGUGUCAGCAGGAAAAAGAAGUAUGAUCGCCGUCGCCAUAGAAACCACUAUCACGAGAUCAGGAGCAGGAACAAAAAGAAAAAUCGGAGAAGAAACAAGAAAAAAUCGAACAAGAAAAAACAAAAAUCAAACAAACUAGUGAGGCAUGGAAAUCACUAUCAUCGAAACGUUCCCAAAAGAGGAAAGGAAAACGAAGCGAUACGUCGAUAUUUCAAGAACAUUUUGCAAAAGAAAAAGCCUCGUUGCCGUGGAAACAACCACAGGAGUGUCACAGCUCGUUCCAGGAAAUCUCGACGAAAUAAGGGAAACCUUCAAAACAGAAGACAACCUUGCUAAAAGGAUUGAGCUCAAAUCUAACCUUCAUUAACAGUUUAUUGAGCGUAUGUUAUAUAUUGAGCAUUAGRUAGACUAGCUACACAUUUACCAAUACAGCUGUAUCUCAAAUUAUUACGAGAGAUUAUUAGAUARCCAGAAUCAAACACAUAUUUCCAGAGACUAUAUUUAAUUAUAAAUGACACUAAAAAAGUUAUAUUUGCUAUAUCUAUGAUAAUUACGUGUUCACACUUGUGAAUUAUUGUUCAUAGCCAAAAUUAUUUCGCAUUUUUUUCGACGCUUGUAAAAAUUGAAUCAUACUAUUAGGGCUCUAUUAGCUAGACAGUGAGACGAACAGACUUGAAUUCUCCCACAUCCCAUAACUUUKUCAACCAUUUCUCCCUCCCACAUCCCAUAACUUUUUCAACCAUUUCUCCCUCAUCGCUUACAAAGGUAUUCCUGGGAUAUUUCUCCCAAACUAAUGUCCCUGCCUCUCCCACUAACUAUCUUUUUUAUUGUAAUUUAUUCAUCCCAAAAACUUUUCUCCUUCUCCUACUCUGCGUUCCCCACACUCUUCUCAAUGUCGUACAUCUAGGACGUGGCUUGAUUUGCGGUGAAGGGGCGAAGUACGUUACCACCCAAAGACUCUUUGUUUGGUCAUUUGCUAUUAUAUUGCAGUAUAAUUGUCCGAAUAAAACACAAUAUUCUAUUGGUUUAAACAAGUCGCUUUGUCUGUCAACUAAAGUCGCCUGUGGCGGAGUUGUGGCGAUGUUGCGGUACUACAAGUAAAGUCGCCUGUUCGGGUGAUUGUCUYCAAUCCUCCUUCCCAGUCGCUUCUGUUAUUGUAUAUAUUGUUUUAAUUGAGUGACGACAGCUGUCAUCAGUGUCACUUUCAAAAAGUGAAUAAAAAUGAGAUUAGAAUUC